AUGCCUGCAGUUAUGCCUGAAAAACCCCUUCACGGCAUUCAUGGAUUGGGAAGGGACAAUACUACUACUCCUCCACAUCCUAGAAGGUUGGAGGGGAAAAUUGCUAUAGUAACAGGUGCUGCACGAGGCAUAGGAGAAGCAACAGUGAAGCUUUUCGCAAAGCACGGCGCCAAAGUUGUCAUUGCCGAUGUGGAAGACUCCACCGGCACAGCCUUGGCCAAUUCCUUAGGCCCUUCAGUCACCUUCGUUCACUGCGACGUCAGCCUAGAAGAAGACAUCGAAAACCUAAUCCAGUCCACUGUUUCCCGCUACGGCCAGCUCGACAUUAUGUUCAAUAACGCCGGAAUCCUUGGAAACCAAUCCAAACACAAGAGCAUCGUCAACUUCGACGUCGACGAGUUCGACCGCGUGAUGCGCGUGAACGUGAGAGGCACUGCAUUGGGGAUCAAGCAUGCGGCGCGCGUGAUGAUCCCCGGGGGAGGAGGCUGCAUAAUCUCCACUGCCAGCGUCGCGGGAGUCGCCGGCGGGCUAGGGCCGCAUGCCUACACUGCUUCCAAGCAUGCCAUUGUUGGCUUGACGAAGAACGCUGCGUGUGAACUAGGCCGGUAUGGGAUCAGAGUGAACUGUGUUUCUCCUUUCGGGGUUGCCACGCCGAUGCUAGUGAAUGCGUGGAGGAUGAGUGACGAGGACGAUGAGGAAGAAGAGUGUAUGGACUUUGGGAUGCCUUGUGAGCAAGAGGUGGAGAAGAUGGAAGAGUUUGUGAGAGGGCUUGCGAAUUUGAAAGGUCCGACUUUGAGGACUAAGGACAUAGCCGAGGCAGCUCUAUAUCUUGCUAGUGAUGAGUCCAAGUAUGUAAGUGGUCAUAAUCUGGUUGUGGAUGGUGGAAUUACUACCUCAAGAAAUUGUGUUGGUUUGUAGUAGAUUUUAGCUAGCUUCUUUAGUUUCUACGUUUUCCCAUGGAA